GUCAUUGGUGCCACCAGUGGACUUGGAUGCUUUGCGAAAAUUUUUUGAGACAGCUGUGGCCACCCAAGGUGCUGAUGCUUUUAAACUUGGUGACUAUCAGGAGAAAAGUGUAAGCACAGCUGUGAGCUCUGCAGGUUUGCACCAUAAUGCAAAGUAUGUCAAGGAGUUCUACAAAAUCUCAGAAGGAGAAAUUCCCUCUGGGCAGUUGAAGCAGUGCAUCCUCAAAUAUGGGUACACUCACAACGACAGUGAGUGGAAGGAUGACCUGUGGGCAGGCAAGCUUGCAAGUCAAUUUGUCUGCUUGCUCAGCCAUGUGAGAAGACUGAAAAGAGACUCUUCGAAACUAAGGCAGUGCCUGCAGGGAGCUACAGGGGCUGAAAGGCAAUCCAUUCUUGAAAUUGUGGAUUUGCCAGAUGCUUGCAAGAAAGCAGCCCCAGGUCCUGAGGAUGACCAGGCCUGCAAGAAGGCCAAAGCUGCCAAGGAGACUUCUUCUGCGAAAGCUGCAGAGGCUGGUGGCCAAGGAAGUUCCAGCUCUGCUUCUUUGAAAGAACCCGAGGAGCAGGCCUGCAAGAAGGACCAAGCCUAUCUCAUGGGCCUUUUUGGAAGAGAUUGGAAGCUCAUCAUUGGCUGCACCAAAAGAAUGGGAAAGAUUUUCCCAGGUGGGCAUCACGCUGUGAUUUUGGAGCUGGAAAAGGUGGCCAUGGAGGCCGAGCUUAUGCUGGCUAUGUGCCCUGGGGUCAUGAAAAGGAUUGGGAUGAUGGCGACACCUGGACUGGCUGGGAAAGGGAGCCUGAUAGGGUGGAGGGACAGGGAUGAGGAGGAGGAAUCAUCCUCUGACAACUCCCUGCGCAGGGGGCAGAGGAGACAGGAGGAGGAGGCUCCCAGAAGCACACAGGGCCGCCUCUUUGGCCCAAGCCCUGCAGAGGCAGCCAGGGAAGGCCUGCAAGAAGGCCAAAAAGGGAAAAGCAAAGGCAAAGCCAAGGCCAAAGAAAAGGCAAGCAGCAGCAGGCCUGAAAGAAGGCCAGCUUUUGUCCCUGAGCAUCGACCAGGGGAGGAGGAUUGGGACCCUUUCAGGCAAGAAGCCAGGGGCAAGAGGGGAAGGGAAGCGAGAAAGGCUUUGAGGGCCAGAGACCCUGAAGUCCAAGCCAGGAAAGAGAAGGGCCUGAAAGAAGGCUUUAAGGAAGACAAGGUUCAGCCUUUGCAUGAAGGGAGCAGGAAAUGGAGGAUGAUCAAGGAGAGGGAGAAGGAGGUGAAGGAGGAGGAGGAGCAACUAAUGCUUGAAAGAAAGCAGUUGCUGGAAGAGAAGGCAGCCUUCUUGGAAGAGAAGGCUGCAUGGCUCAGCAAGCAGGAGAUGAGCCCCAGCCCUGCCAGAGGGGUUACCCUGCAGGAGGAGCAGCCAGACUGGCAGGAGGAGGAGGAGGAGAAAGAGGAAAAGGAGGAGGAGGAGCAGCCAAAGAAAAAGGACCCCAAGGACAAGGAAAAGAAAGCUACAAAGGAGGAGGAGGAGCGAAAGGAGAAAAAGGUUUCCAAGGAAAAGGAAGCUGCAAAGAAGGAGAAGAAGCCCCAAAAGGAAGAGAAGCCCAAGGAGAAGGAGAAGGAAGAUGACAAGGAUAUGGAGGAGGGGAAAACAGCCAAGAAGCGAAAGGAAAGGAAGAAAGUGGUCAAGGAGGAGGAGGAGGAGGAGGAGGAGGAGGAGGGGCAGGAGGAGAAGCAGCAAGAAGGCCUGCAAGAAGGCCAAGUAGGAGCUUCUGAGCCCGAAGCAACUCAGGAAGAAGCAACCCAGGGGGCAACUGCUGAGGAGCAGCAAGAGGGCCUGCAAGAAGGCCACCAACCAGAUGCUUCUGAAGAAGGGAAACCAGCUGCUGAGGCUGAGAUAGAGGAAGCAGCAAAGAUGCUUCCAGAAAGUGUAGCAAAGGCAGCCCAGGCAAGCCUGAAAGAAGGCUCUGAGGCUGGUGCCACUUUGACUUCUUCCAGGCUCAAACUUCACGAAAAAACACAGGCAGCCAUCCAAGGCCUGAAAGAAGGCCACCUGUCAGAGGCUGCAUUCUGGCAGGAAAUCUCCAACAAAGACAGAGCUGCCUUGUGGAAAAAAUAUGAAGGAGCCAGGAACAAAGACCCUGAAGCCAAAGCAGCUUGGCUCCAGAUGGGUGGCCCAGGUGUCCUGGAUCAGAAGAAGCAACUGCUUCUGCACUUCCUGAAGACUGGUCAGGCCCAGGAAGGGGGCUUGAAAAAAAGCCAAGAAGUCGCCAACUCCAAGAAGGAGAAAGAAUGGUUUGAGUGGGUCCCCUGGAAGCAGAUCCUUGACUGGUAUGGGGAAGAGGAGGCCCUGGCCAGGGUAGAGAGUGGUUUAAUAGCAGUGAAAAAGGUGGGAAAGAAAUUCUAUGAAUUUCUCCUGGUGAAGAUCAGGACCGAGCUCACACUGGAGCAAAAAAAAGGCCUGAAAAAAGGCCAGGCUAUGGUCUCUCAGAAAAAAGAAAAAAGAAAUGAUGACAAGGAGAAGCACCUCGCAAAGGAAGAGAAAGUCAAGGAGGAGGACAGCAGAGCUUGCAAGAAAGCUCAGGCAGAGAAGACUAAGAUUGCCAAAAAAAAGGAAGCAGACAAAAAAUGGCACACAAAGUUAGAGGAAGCCACACAAGUGGGUGAAAACGAAAAGGACAGUAAGGUCAAGAAGAUGCUGGCCUUGGUCAGCAAAGGAGUGGCUGAUUUGAAGAAGGCUUGCAAGAAAGCCAAAGAUGCCAGCUGGGGUGCAGAUGUCCUGCAAGCUCUCAUCAAAUCUAGAGACAGCUUGGAAGAUUUGGCAACAGAUGGUGAGCUGGAAGGCAUCAAGAACCACUUGCUGGAAGCAGCAUCAGCUCUGAAGGUUCUAAGCAAGAAACUUUUGCAACUUUGGUCCCUGGGGAAAUUAAGUAGCUCAGGGCUCCAAGAAAUCGCUUUUGCAGCCACUGCAGAUGGCUUGCAAUGUGAGAGCAUAGUGGAAUUGAGCGGCUUAGGCCAUGCAGGAGAGAUUCGACAUCUCAUGCCAGCAUUAGCCAUGGUGGCCUGGAAGAAGGCGUGGUCGACUGGCGUCUGCGUUGUCCUGCUAGGCUUGACCCUAGCAGGCCCUCAGAUUCGAAGUGGCGUCGAGGUGAGGCUGCGAGUCUGGACGUACUCGCGCGCAAAUGGUGCCUUGCCUCCAGCCCUGCAGAGUGGAGGAGGAACUCCGGACGACUACGUGGGUAGUCGGGGCCCGGCUGCCGAACGGCACGGAGCUAUACCAUUCCCCUGGAACUUCCACGAAGGUGUCAUCCUCAAGUUUUUGCUGAUUGAGGACUCCGAAGACUCCGACGACGAGUUUCUCCUGCACCACUUUGGGCAUGGCCCCAGCCUUGAUGGGAACGUGGCUGUGUCCACCACGUGCGCAGCAGCCCGCCGCCGUUUUGGCGGGCGGCGGGUGUGGGAGCAGGCUGCUGGACUGCUGCUCUGCUGCCAGUUCGCCUACACACAAGGCUGGGUGGUGUCCGUCCUGGGGACGCUUGGUACUCUCAGAUGCCAUGCUGUCGUUGACUGCCCUCCAGAACCAACACCGGUCUGGGAGGCUGAGUCCGCCCUGGCAGAGCUCUCUGCGUCGCCUUCGCGCUCACCCGGUGAGCCAUGCCAGACGACGCCGGUGCCUUCGCAACGUGAGGGCAGUGGUCCAAACGCACGUUUCGGAAACGCCGCCAUGGAAGGGUGGGCAUUGCUACUUGUUUUCGAUUGUUUGGGCUGGCCCCUGGGGCUUUGCAUGGGCGACAUUUGCAAGACAUGGAAGGCCGCAGUGCGCCUGCGCAUUGCGGCCUUGGCCGAGUCGAGGUACGUCCCAGUCCGGGCCUUGGAACCGUACGCCGCACUGUUUGAGUUUUGGACCAAGUGCGGCCUCGGGGACGCACUGCGGCACCGGACAGCAUCCACCGAACACGACCAAGCGCCGGGGCUGCGCAUCGCUGUCAAGUACCUCGUCGGCCACUGGCGGCCGGAGAGCAGACGCCCACCGGCUUUCCCGGCAAAUCAGGAGGCCAAUCUGGAGGCGUUUCCGGAGGGGCUAUACAAUGGCUCUUUCAGCGCGGCAGAGGUGCGGAGUGGCGCAUGGCGCCUCUACAGAAGGCGGGAGCCGCUUCACGAGAGAUACCACGCCUCGGCAAUAUGUAAAGCCGGACAGAAAAAUUGCCUGCGGGCGGUCUGUCUCCUGGCCCCGCGCUUCCUCUCGCGGGCAAGAUCGCCCACAGCACCGUGGGCUGUCUCCUUGAAAGAACGCUCCAUUAGAAAGUAUCGUAACAUGUCUAGCACACCGCUUGCUGCUCGGACCGGCGGACAAGGCGUUGUGAUGUAUAUGGCUUUGGCGAAUUCGCCGACAGCGAUUUGGUGGAGCACAUGGAUCAGAUUUUGUACAACUUGA